AAGCAGUUGAACAAACCAAGAAGCUGAAGAUUGGACAUAACCGCCACACCUCAAGACCUGAAAGUGAGAGAGAGAUUGACCCGUUAUCACAGACAGUAGAUAUCCCAUUGGCUACUCUGACUAAGUUCCUGCUUCAUUUGUUUGUUUCCGGUGUGUGUUCCGUGAAGAAGUCAUGAAGACCCCAUUUUGGACCCUGCUGCUCUUAUGCUUGUGCUCCUCGGGUCACAGCGACUGCCAAGGGGACUGUUUGACCUGUGGACUCAUCCUACCUGAACACCAAGCGUUUAACACAUUGGUAUGUAUCCUGGAAUGUGAAGCACAGGCAUCUCCUGCAUUGACCUGGGAUUUGUGUUACCAGGCAGCAGGUCUGAACCAGCUUUCACUACCAUUACAGGAGGAGAAAACAUCAAAGCGCUCUGAGGAUGAAGCGGAGCCUCUGGCCACAGUGAGCAUAGAAAAUGACAAUGGUGUUGAGUAUACUGAGGCUUUGGAGCGGUUUCGACAAGCUGUGCAAGCACUCCGCAGCCAGCAGCCUUCAGAGGAAGAGGAGGAGAAACUGGAAAUUUCAUAUGACCCUGACCUUGACCCGAGGACAGAGGAGGACCAGGAAGGUAUAGGAGAAGAGAAGAGCGGUGAAGCAGCCGUAAGCAUAUCCAAGCGAUUUGGAGGCUUUAUGAAAGGUCGUCACGGUUUCCGGAAGUUGGUGAGCUCCGGAAGGCCUUUGCAGAAACGCUACGGUGGCUUCAUAGGGAUAAGGAAAUCUGCCCGCAAGUGGAACAACCAGAAGCGUGUGAGUCAGCUACUGAGGCAGUACCUGAGCUUGACGGGUCGCUCGGGGCGUUCAGGUCACACAAGCAACCUCUCCACUAGAAUCUGAAGACAGAAUGAAGUUUAGCUGGCCUUAGAGGACAGGCCCUGGCCUUUUCACUUACCUCAGCUCAACUGCUCAUCAGCCAUCAGUAACUGUGAACAUCUAUCAUCCACAACAGCCCAGAACUAGCUAAAUCUGUGUUUAAUCAAAGAAGCGGAAUAUUUUGUAUAGCGUUGGUUUUUAUCAUUGACAUUUCCAUUGACAGUCCUGUUCCUGACAUCAAAAACAUCUCAAUCAAGUCGUUAGGACAAAUAUUGCUGAUGAGAACUGAUUGUUCAUUACAGAAUCAAAACUCCUAGAAUUAACCUUGAAGCAUUGUGAAAAAAAUAAAAGGCAAAGCAGUGAAACUUGAA